AUGGUGAUUGGGCCCGUUGGCUCGGGCAAUCCUACACUCGUCAAGGUGCUACUUGGCGGAAUUCCCGUCAGCGGAAGUAGUGUCCUGCCAGGUACACGUCUUCCCCAUGUCAAAUUCUGCGAUCAAACAGCCUUCAUCUACAACGGGACGAUCAGGGACAACAUCAUCGGCUUCUCGCCCCUCGACGAAGAGAGAUAUGCCCAAAUUAUCAAGACCACAGCUCUGUGCUAUGGCCUCGAUGUCCUCGCGCAGGGCGACAGGACGGUUGUCGGGUCUGACGGGAUCAAGCUGUCGGGCGGCCAGGGACAACGCAUUUCCCUGGCGCGGGCUCUCUAUCUGCAGUCUGAUAUUCUUGUACUGGACGAUAUCUUCAGUGGCCUGGACGCGGAUACCGAGCAGGAGGUGUUCCGCCUUACCUUUGGGCCCAAGGGCCUUCUGAAGCAGAGGUGCUCCACCAUCAUGUUAUGCACGCACAGCAUGAAGUACCUCCCGUCAGCAUACCACGUCAUAGUACUCGAACAUCCCAGCGUGGUCAAGCAGGGAGACUACGAGAGCCUGAUGGCUGGCCAAGCCAGCACGACCGAACCGCAGCCACAACAGUCCAGUGUGACGACCGCGAGGCUGGCUGCUGUUGCCGAGCUUACAGAACAGUCUCGUCAGGUUGGUGAGAGGACGGUGUUCAAGCACUACUUCAAGAGCAUGAGCUGGAUACUGGCAACCUUCUGUCUCUUCCUUGCUGCUCUCUGGGGUUUCUUCACCAGCUUCCCAACAGUCUGGCUCUCUUUCUGGACCGACGACGUCGAUUCAGAGUCCCCCAAACACUCCCAGACGCACUACAUCGGAAUCUACAUCAUGCUGCAGGUCUCGGCCAUGAUCUCGUUGCUUCUCCUUGAAAUUUUGAUCUUCAUCGUCUCCAUGAAACGAGCUGGCGCCAAUCUGCACCAAGAAACUCUGCUGACACUGGUCCACGCGCCCCUCCAUUACAUCACCAGGACGGAUGCUGGGGUCAUUACGGACCUCUUCUUGCAAGACCUAAGCCUCAUCGACACCGAGCCGCCAGACGCAUUGUUGAACAACCUCUUUUGUCUCUCCCAAGCUAUCGGACAAGCGGCUGUCAUGCUCACUUCGUCUCCAUAUCUGGCCAUUAGCUACCCCUUCAUUGCGGUCGUGCUGUACGUGAUAUAG